AUGUUUCGUGAAAACCGUCGUGAAUAUUUUUGCUACCGAGCAAACUUGAAUAAUCAAAAAAAGGUUCGGAAAGGCACUCAGCUUUCUCCUGGAUAUGAAGAUGUAAGCAUCUCACCACUUCGUUACAAGACUAAAACGAACGCCACAGAAACCGAUAGCAAAAAACAAAACCUUUGUAAAUGCAGGCCCAAAACAACGCGACGAAAACAACGCUCCAAAAACCACGACACUACCAUAGUAUGGGAGGAUUCAAGCCCUGUAAACUAUAAAAACGAGGGAACUGAAAAUAUAUUUUAUGAUAUAAUUGAAGACAAACAAAGAAAAAGAAAGUUUAAGUUAUCUAAAAACAAGCGUUCAUAUGAAAUUAACUCAAGAAGAAAACAUAAUAAUAGAAUUGAAAACGAAAUAAAAGUUGCUGAUCAAGAAAGAAUAAUAUAUGGCCACGUUGAGCCUUUGAUUGGCGAAAAUGUAUUGGAUGGAGAUGACCUCCAUUUAAAGAAAAUUAAAACAUGUCAAAAAGGUAUUUGCAAAACAAAUAUAGAGGAGGGUAAGAAACAUCAUUGCAAAUGCAAAACUGUUAAAAAAAGGCCACCGAAAGUAGCUACAACCACAACGUGUACCAAUUAUUCAUGUGCGUUAGAAGGAGGGAUAAAGAGAAGAUACAACAAACUUAUAUCGUGCUUAUUCAACUCAAAGCACAAUGUCGCACCCAAACCUGUUAUAGUAGAAAAAGGCCCCGUACAGCCUAUGUUUGCUAUAAGAGUAGACUCGGGAAAUUUGCAAAUUUUGAAUCCUAACGAAAUAAGAACGAAAGUUAAGGCUUUGGGUAAUGUUGCUAAGCAUGAUAAAUGCAUGUGUCCCUCCCGUUUAGAGCGUGCAAAAAAAUACGGGAUAGGUGAAACGUGUGAAGACGGAGUUUGUGAAACUGCUAGGAAAGGAAAAUAUGACCAUUUCAAUUGCAACUGCGAAAAAACAGCAAUUAUAGAAUGUUGCGAUAGAACAUGCGAUAUAAAAACACCCGGCGUGUCGACAAAUCAAGGAGGGAAAAUCGUAAAAAAAAUAACAGCAAAUGGUGAAAAACCUGUGUUUGAAAUGCUUUUAGAUCAAAAUCAUAUGAACGUUUUAAAUACUGGCGAAAUUCAUGAUGUUCUAAAAAAGGCAUCUCUUUCCGAUAUGUGCCCAACGGGGAUUUGUAGAGACACAGAGAACACUGAUAGAAUAUUAAAUUGCAAAUGUUUGAGUAAGAAAAUAUCACCGAUUUUACAUGAAUGCCAUAAAGGAACAUGUCGACCCAAUGAAACAAUAACAGAGGAACCGAAAAAAAAGUCAAGGUUCUAUUUAUGCACAAGAAUUUGUAGUAGUUUUGGUAAACAGUCUUGUAAAUGCCCAGGUUAUAGAAAUGCUCAAGGUGAUGUUAUAUAUGGCAGGAGAAAUGCAAUCGGAACAACUCCGGAUCAACCAGCAGAACGCGAAAGAUCGAAUUUGUGUUUUGUGACUAGAAUAUGUAGUAGUCUGGGAAAAUGGAGAUAUUCCGGUGGUGACAUGAAUGCUCGAGGUAUUCGAAGAAAGAAAUUAGCGGAUAAAAAAAGAAGGAAGAAGAAGCAGAGAAAUGAAGAGACAGUUCGGAAACGUAAAAAGAAGCCUGUAGAGAAAGAUAAAAAAAGAAAGCCAAAGCAAGAUCAAAAAGUGAAAGGUAAGGAAAAAAAACAGAAAUCGCGAAAAGUUGAACCAGUUAUUAAGGCAACAAGAAAAUAUAGCUUUUGGACAAGGUCAGAAACCUCAGAAAAGAAAGCAAAUGCACAAAAAACUAAAGCCCAAGAAGAAAAAUUACGAAAAGCUGAAUUAAAGAAAAAGAAGGAGGAUAAGAAAAUUCAAGAAAGAGCGAAGAAAGAAGCAAUCAAAAGAAGGAAAAAAAUAGCAAAACUUCAAAGUCAGGGACAAACAAACUGUCUGGCCAGAUUUAUAAUAGGAGUUGUUAAUUUAUCUUUAGGAACUUUGUCAGGAUUGGCGACUAUGCUGGUAUAUAUCAUUGCUAAACCGAUAAGAAGUUAUGCCUAUGUCAAACAAAAAUUGAAAGACCCGAUAGGCUCUUUUAAAAUGUUAAAAAGUUGGAUAAGCACAACGUGGAAGGCGAGAGACUCUAACUUUACAACGGCCAUUCAAGAUUCACAUGUUGUACAUAUUCUGUCAGAUCAAUUGGAGGAAUCGGCGUUGUUUCAAGUAUUUACAAAUAAAGGGCAAACUCCGGAAGAAAAACAAAUGUACGAAAGGAUGAAAAAGAAGAGGCAAAGGAGAAUGAGAAAACGCCACGAACAGGCCCUUUAUAGUUGUCGUCAUAUGUUGCUGGUGACGCUGAGGAAACAUCCAUGGAUAUGUGUUUACCAUUUAUGCCCCGAUUUUUAUCCCCACUGCCUGAGCCUUCUAACUUUUCUUACUAACUUUUUUCACUUACUGCUUUUCCUUCUUGCCUUAUUGUGUUGGACUCCGUGUAUAAUGUGUAUGGAAGUAGUGCGCGCGUUCUUGUGCUGUGUUGUAUGUACGCAUUAA